UUCAUGAUCGAAGUGUUCGUGAGACCGGGCGACAAGAACUCAAUAGACCCAAGAAUGACACUGUCAGAUAAUGAAAAAAAAACAAAACAAAAGCUCGAGCCGUUGAAAUUUAUUUUUGUUUGCUCUGUCAUUUAACGUCUAAUACUUUCACCGAUAAUGUUCGCUUGUAAUGCUUUGUUUCGCACAGUUUACCGCAAACCUAUUCCUGCAAAAACGCCCAAUCGCUACUUUUGGGGAUGGAUCAACAUGAUGUUCAACCGGGUAGACAAAGACCGCCUCAAGAUGGUAGGACCGGAUCGGCUUUGUGCCGAAUGGUUACUACGUAAUGGUGCCAAAGCUAAAUUCGUUAAUGUACCGCAAAUGCAGAUCAACUAUAACCUGCUACCGAGCGAUACGGUUCCCGUCCUAAUAGAAGAGCUAGACGGCACGGAAUCGGGGAUAAUGCAUAUCGGUUUUGAUCAUUUGAAAGGUUUGACACGCUUGAGAAAAGUCAAAUUGCACAAAUGCGUAUACCUUGAGGAUCAAGCUUUGGCAAAGCUGAAAUUCGUAGCAGACACACUAGAAGAGCUGGAGGUCUCAAGCUGUAAAAACAUAACCGAUGCUGGGCUACUGCAUCUGAAGGAUUUGAAGAAAUUGAAACAGCUGGCAACGUACGACUUACCGUAUGUAAAAGAUAUACAAGUUGUGGAAAGCUCCCUGAAACAGGCGCUGCCGGGUUGUAGAAUGGAUCUAAAAUCCUAAUUGUACUAGUCAAUUAUAUAUUUAAAUAUGAGUAUCAAAACUCUUCAAAUUGUUUCGGAAGUCUGCUAUUUAUUGUUACGCGACCCUAUGACAAUUUGAAAAGAGGAAUUGGAAUGGAAUGGCCACUAACGGCCCCACGGGAACCUCUCCGGAAUGUCCGUUCCGGGGCCAAAUGACCAAAUGGUUCCAAAACCGCGAGAUACAGUCUACUGCUGCAAUUCCAAGAAUUUUGAUACCCAUAUUGCUAGUAUUUCAUUAAAAUUCACAAACAGUAUCCCAACACUGGAACA